UGUCGGCCUGCUACACAAUCAAUCGGGCGCUUUUCCUCCAUCCACACAAAACACAAAGUCCUCGACUUAGCUAAACCCAAACUUAUACGUACAUGCUAGUUGACAACUUGACAUAAAAAUAACCAAAAACCCUCACUUAUAAAUUGCUUUGCCAACAAGUCUGAUUUUUUUUUUUUCAUUUGUCGUGCCUCCAUGGAACUCUCCGGCUGAGCAGAUUAUUCAUGAUUCCAAUUGCACGAUUCUCGCCUUAAUUUCAGGGAAGUUAUUUCCUUCUUCUUCUUCUUCUUCUAUUUUUGAUUUCUGGGUAUUUCAGAUUUGGUAAAGCUAAGCUAAGCUAGGUGGGGUCUUUUUGGGGUGUCAGUUAGAUGAAUAUUAAUGUUAGGUGCCUUUAUUUCUUGAUCUUGAAGGUGGGUUUUUUUUUUUAUUUGCCUAUCAAGUUAUAUUCUUUGUGAGAUUUGUCCUUAGUGAUAGAAGUCUGUUUGUUUAGUUUGAUGAGCUGGGUAUUUCGGGAUUUUGUCACUGGUUUGUUUGAUAGCUGGAAAUGUUUUGCAAGUGAAAAACAAAUAAAUGUUUCUUUUUUUAUGGGGGCGAGGGGUUGAGCGUUUGAAUCCCAGAUAGGAACAAGUAACAGUAGGGUUAAAAGUAAAUAAGUUGAUGGAAUGACAUAUAAUUGUUUGCUUAAAACAAGUAAUGGAAGGAAAUUUAUCACAAGGAGGAAUGAUUCCUGGUGGGGGUUCUUUUGGAGGCCUUGACUUGCAAGGAUCAAUGAGAGUUCAUAAUCAUGCACAAAACCCUCAUAGUAUACAUCAACAUCACCACCCUAACCCUCGCCAAGGUGCUUCUCUUCAUGCUUCUAUUCAUGAGGAUUUUCCACUCAAGAUGGGGAAUAUACAGAACUCUGACCAAAUCAUUUCCUUGAUGGAUUACAACAAGGGGGAGAGGGGGAAAAGUUCGGUGAGUGAUGAGGAUGAACCUAGUUUUACGGAAGAGGGUGUUGAUGGUCACAAUGAUGGAAGUAAAGGCAAGAAGGGAUCACCGUGGCAGCGUGUGAAGUGGACUGAUAAAAUGGUGAGGCUUCUAAUUACUGCAGUGUCUUAUAUAGGAGAGGAUGCUGCAGGGGGCUGUGGUGGUGGGAUGAGGAGGAAAUUCGCAGUAAUACAGAAGAAGGGUAAGUGGAAAUCAGUGUCGAAAGUCAUGGCAGAAAGGAGUUAUCAUGUUUCACCUCAGCAGUGUGAGGAUAAGUUCAAUGACCUGAAUAAGAGGUAUAAGAAACUAAAUGAUAUGCUUGGUCGAGGAACUUCUUGUCAGGUUGUUGAGAACCCAGCACUUUUGGAUGUUAUAGAUUACUUAACGGAGAAAGAAAAGGAUGAUGUGAGGAAAAUUUUAAGCUCAAAGCAUCUUUUCUAUGAGGAGAUGUGUUCUUAUCAUAAUGGGAACAGAUUGCAUCUGCCUCAUGAUCCGCAAUUGCAGCGUUCCUUGCAGUUGGCUUUUAAAAUUAAAGAUGAUCAAGAGAACGAUGAUGCAAAGAGGCAACGGCAUGAUGAUGACGAUGAUGAUGAUGACGAUGAUGAUGACAUGGAAACUGAUGAUCAUGAUGAAUUUGAGGAGAAUCAUGCUUCACAUGGGGAUGACAGGGGAAUAUAUAGGGUAUUAGGGGGCUCUGCCAAGAGAUCGAGACAAGUCCAGGUCCAUGAAGAUGCUUGUUUCCAUAAUUCUUCAAACUCCCAGGACUGCAACAAAAGUUCUUUUUCUUAUCCACCACCCGCACAAGCUGAUAUAAAUCAAGCACCACCUGAAAACCCAAGAGCAGCUUGGUUACAAAAGCAGUGGAUUGAGUCUCGCUCACUUCAGCUAGAAGAACAGAAACUACAAAUUCAAGUUGAGAUGCUAGAAUUGGAGAAACAGCGUUUCAAGUGGCAGAGAUUCAGUAAGAAGAGGGAUCGUGAGCUUGAAAAGAUGAGAAUGGAAAACGAGAGGAUGAAGCUUGAGAAUGAGCGAAUGGCAUUAGAGUUGAAGCGAAAGGAACUGGAUGCUGAUUAAAACCAUGUGAUUUUUACCUCAAUCUUCUUAUAUUCUUUUACAGUGGCAGGCCUGGAUGCAAAUUUAAUUUCUGCUAUAUUGUUAUCCUGAAGUAUUGAAUAUAGAAUUGGCAGACUAAGUUGAAAAAUGAUGAUGCCUACUUUUAUUGUGUAAACAUAUGCAUGACUUUUUAAAAUUUGUAUGUAGUUGUUUUGCUCUUUGUGAAUUGGUAUUAAUUAGCUAGAAGAGUUUUGUGCAAA